UCGUCAUCAUGCGCUCGUGGUGACAGCGAGGGACGGCGCACUGUAACCUAAACUAGGACGCAUCGAUGGGAGCUGCCGCGGCCGGGAAAAUAAAGGAUACCGCAACAAACUUUGUGUUUUGAAUCAGUUAUUUGCCCCUCCAUGCACAAACCCUCUCAGAUGGCACCGAACACUCUGAAUAUGGAGAGGCUCUUCUCCGAGCAGGUCUGUGAGCUGUAAAUUCAACACAAAGAGGACCUGCAACAAGUUGGGGAUAUGGCAGACAUUUUGGAGCUGCGCACAGAUGGAAACUCUCUCCUGAAGGCAGUGUGGCUCAAACGUUUAAGACUCACUCGGCUCCUGUUGGAAGGAGGCGCAUACAUCAAUGAAAGCAAUGAACGUGGAGAGACGCCUCUCAUGGUGGCCUGCAUGUCGACACACUCUGACCAGCAAUGUGUGACAAAGUCAAAGCUUGUCAAAUAUCUGCUGGACAACCAAGCAGACCCAAACAUACAGGACAAGGUGGGCAGGACAGCCCUAAUGCAUGCCUGCAUUCAUAAGGCUGGGCACGAGGUGGUGGACCAUCUGCUAAGCAACGGUGCUGAUCCCAGUCUGGAGGACAGGAGUGGGGCCUCAGCUCUGGUCUAUGCCAUCAAUGCGGACGACAAGAAGACAUUAAAGUUGCUUUUGGAUACAUGCAAAGCUAAAGGAAAGGAAGUAAUCAUCAUCACUACAGACAAGUCACCAUCCGGCACUAAAACUACCAAGCAGUAUCUAAAUGUGCCGCCAUCUCCAGAGUUGAUUGAGAGGUCAUCUCCAGAAUACUGCGCCUCUCCCUCUGACGUUAACAUCACUGCAUCUUCCACGUCUGAGCAAGAGCAACAAAACACAGUCUUCAGCUUCCAGACAAAGCUAAAAACUUCUGUCACAGCAUCAAAGCUCACAAAUGGACCCACAUCUCCAAGUCGCCGGCCCGCAAACCCGAAGCGAGCGCGUUUGCCUCAGUUGAAGCGGCUGCAAUCAGAACCCUGGGGCCUGAUUGCACCCUCUGUCCUUGCUGCAGCUGCUGCCCAUGAGGAGAGUAAGAAAGCCAGCUCUGAUGAAGAUGUUGUUGCCGGGGUGAAUGGACUAUCUCUGAAUAAGAGAUCCACUUUGUCCCGACAGAACAGCGUGGAUGGGAAGGAUAGCCUUUUCCCACUGGUGGGAGACCAACCAUGCAAAAUGACAACCUCAUUAUCAGUGCCGCCAACAUCUAAGCCGUCAUACGAAAGAUCUCUCGGACAGCACCAGCCGCUGGCUCGCCGCAGUACCGUGCCCACAGAGCAGGAGAACGGCAGCAGCUCCAGCAGUGGACAAGUCAGCCUCAGAGACACGUUGCACAGGAGACGUCUGGGAAAUGAUCACUAUGACUCAGACUCGCAGCUGUACUCAGACUCUGCCAUGUUAGACUCUCCUAAAGUCCCAGUGGAGCGAAGGAAACUAAACACUUCUCCUCUUGCCAUGCUCACAAGUUCUAGAGAAUCUCUUGAUAGCAAUGCGAGCACCUCCUCUCCAAGCACGGCGCGAAGGCGUCCACCUGGCCUCCUGGAGAGGAGAGGCUCUGGCACACUAUUAUUGGACUACAUCUCCCACACUAGGCCCGGUCAAUUGCCCCCUCUCAAUGUUAACCCAAAUCCACCCAUUCCUGAUAUUGGGGCCAGUAACAAGCCCUCUUCACCCCUUCUAGCAGGUAUUAAAUCUAUAGCUCCAGUAGCACCAAACACACUAAAAACAGGUCUUAAGUCAAAGAAGAAACUUAUAAGAAGGCACUCUAUGCAAGUGGAACAGAUGAAACAGCUUUAUGAUUUUGAGGAGCCUCCACAUUAGUUAGGUAAGAUGGUAAUGCAGCAAAUACUGUGGUAGUAGAAACAAAAGCACAGAAGUACAUCCUUAGGUUCAGCUGUGUGUACACAAUGCUAACUAGAUGUUGAAUAAUGUAGAAUUUAAAACAAAUAAAUCUACAUGAAUAUAUAUUGAAUCUAAGCAAUAGAUAGAUUUCUUUCCAGGGUUACACCCAGAAUAAGGAUUAUCUUUACAACAUUCCCUGUGUAUGUAUUACUUUUGAAUGUAAAUGUGAAUACAUGGUACCCUUUUUGCCAAAUGCUCUUUACCAUGAUCAUAUAAUUUGUAAGAAACAUAGCAGGGUUCAUUUUGUAGCCAGCAGGCCACUUGGGUAAACUUUGUGCAUAUGGAAAUAAUAAUUUCUCUGGAAAAAGAUACAGGAGUGACACAC